GCCCAGAAUUUUCAAUAAAUUCACCUUUUCCCCGCCAAGCCUAAUGCUUUAUUAUCCUGUCCUCGUUUGUUUUUCCCGCCAUUUCCAGGUUCCUCUCUUCUAGAUCUUCAUCGCCGCCCCCGCCGGUUGUCUCCACUGCCACCUCCAUCCGGUGAUUCAACUUUAUCGAAAAUGACAAGAGAAGAAGUUGAGAAUGGAAAAGACUACAUGUUAAUAGACGGAGAGGACAAUGCCGUUCCAGAUGGAUUUAACGCUGAUUAUCUAAAAGCUUAUUACGGAAAGCUUUUCCCUUGUGCUGAUAUGUUCAAGUGGCUGUCUUAUGGCAAUGAUGGAAAGCAUCCAGGUUGUGAUCACUCAUACUCUGGUCGGAGGGAGUUUUCAUUCACAUUGGAUAAUGAUAUUUACUUGCGAUUUCAAUCAUUUAAUACUGCAUCUGAGCUGGAAAAUGCUAUCAAGGAGAAGUGUCCUUUUAAAAUAGACAUUGGACCUGCCUACAGCGUGGAUCCCUCAAAAAGGCAUGCCUAUUCACAAGGUGGUGAUAAUAUAUUCACGCCUGUGGAAAGAGAGCUUGUGUUUGAUAUUGAUAUUUCCGAUUAUGAUGAUGUUAGAUAUUGCUGUUCAGGAGCUGAUGUUUGUUUGGAGUGCUGGCCACUAAUGACAGUUGCUAUCAAGGUCAUUGAUACUUCUCUCAGAGAUGACUUUGGGUUUAGUCACAUUCUGUGGGUAUACAGUGGUAGGCGUGGUGUCCAUUGUUGGGUUUGUGAUGGAAAAGCAAGAAGGUUAAACAAUGAACAGCGGGCUGCAAUUGCUGAUUAUUUUCGUGUCUACAAGGGCAAUGAGAAUAGCAAUAAAAAGGUUUCUCUAGUGGGUCCUGCACUUCAUCCUUUCCUCGCGAGAUCAUAUACUGAUGUCUUACAAGGUUACUUUGAGAAAAGACUUCUAUCAAGUCAAAAUUUGUUCCUGAAUGAGGAGAGGUUUGAGAAGAUACUGGAAAUGAUACCUGACGAAUCUAUUACAUCUGAGCUCCGGGGAAAGUGGCUGUCUAACAAGCGCUCAAAAGAAGAUAUUAAUGUUGUUCGUUGGGAACAACUAAAACAUCUGUUAUCUAGUAAAAAGGGCCAGGGUCAUCGCAGAUGCAUCGAAGAGAUUGUGUUUUCUUUUACCUAUCCAAGACUUGAUAUGGAGGUAUCAAAGCACAUGAAUCACUUAUUAAAAGCUCCUUUCUGUGUGCACCCCAAAACAGGCCGCAUUUGUAUUCCUAUUGAUCCCAAUAAGUGUGACGAGCUUGAUCCUUCUGCUGUUCCAACCCUUUCCAAGCUUAUUGGAGAUCUUAAUGCUGGAGGUUUUAUAGCAGAAGGGGACAAUGGUAAGGAAAAAGGGAACAAUGAAUGGGAUGGAACAUCUUUCGUACAAUGUGUUAAAUACUUUAAGGAACACUUCUUGGAUCCUCUGCAUAAGUCUUGCAAGGAGGAGAUAGAGACUUCUUAUAAUGCAAAGGUUAAGCAGUCCAGGAAUUCAAUUAGCUGGUAGUGUUCUUGUAAGAUCUUCAAUAUACAUGUGUUUGUUUAUGACCCUGCUGGUCAUUGUAAUUAUGUGUUUAGUACUAUGUCUUGUGCUUAAUUUGUUAAGUCUUAUGCUUAAUUUGAGUGAUAAAGCGUGUAAUAUGCUCUCCCCCCCCCCCCCCCCCCC